CGAUCAAAGCCAUUCGUACGUCUUCGUGAUAUAUUCUAAUAAGACCUGAAAUUUUGUUGUCAUUCUGCGUUUAUUAAUGUAAAAAUUAACCACGUGUGGGAAUAAAAUCUGUUUUGAGUGAUAUGAAAUAAUGAUAAAAAAUCUUAAGUUUUCAUCCGACGAUUGUUGGCCAACCAUGCAUAGGAGAAUUUUCGAAGGUGAAUUGGAAGAGUCCGGUAAUGACAGAAUUGACACGACGCCAUUGCGAGGUAAUUUCGCCAGAUUUCCGAAAUUGCGACUUCUGGACAGACAUUUCAGGCUGGACGAUGUCCCGAAAUAUGUAAAGCCUGAGUUUCCGGAACAACUUGAAAAUCCGGUGAAUGUUAAUAGAGGAAAAUGGGGUUUAGCCUAUCAAAGUGGCGGGCGCAGUUCCUUGGAUAGAUUCAUUCCUCAACGGCGCUCUUCUGAUCUGGACGCCAGCAAUUAUUCGAUAAAUAGAGAAUCCGCAAAAGUGGAUCGUUAUCUGGAUGUUCUCGGUCAGGUGCAAUCUUUAGAAAGUUCUUGGCGUAAAAGGGAGAUGAGUCAAGCUUUCGAAAAAUUCGGGAUAAUUCGUUCGAAAAAUCGACGCAUUUUGCAGCUGACAAAACCUUCUGGUUCUGUCGAAAAGAUCCCCGGAAGCUGCGUCGAUCAACCGAAAGAUUUCCGUUAUGACGGCUCCGAGACGGAAUAUCUUUGGCCUUGUCGUCCUCGCAAACGACCUGUAAUUGGAGCUCCGGAAACCGUUUUGGACAUGCCCGACAUGCCGCAAAAUGCAGGGGGUUCGUUACUCGAUUGGAGUUCCACAAAUUUAUUUGCCUCGAACGCCGAGAACUCGGUUAAAAUUUUCGACGUUAGUUGCAAAUUCUUGGUCUUCGUGCGAUUUGAAACCCUUGGUGACGUAUGUGCUUUGAAGUGGAAUCAGGCAGGAGACAAAAUGGCCGUCGCGACGUCGCGUUCGAUGAUCUUCAUUCACAACCACAUUUUACGGCACAAAAUCGAGUGGAAAACCUCGUGCAGUUGUUCCAAGCAAUUAUCCGUAUACUGUGAAGUAAAUUGCUUGUGUUGGUCGCAGGACGACAAAGAAAUUGUCACAGGGUGCUCGGAAGGAAGAGUAAUGGUCUACACAGCCUCUUCAGGUGCGAAGAAUAGAUUUAUUAUGGCGCAUUCUUGUGGCAUUUAUUCCAUGGCGUUUUCUUCGAAUUAUCGAUAUUUAGCAACAAUUGGAGUCGAGCCUGUUUUGCGAGUUUUUAUUUGGCCGGAAUUAACCGCUUUUGCAGAGUAUUGUUACGAAGUGGUUCCAAAGGCAAUCGCAUGGCAUCCAUGGAAAAGUAAUAUAUUGUGUGUCGGUGGAGGUAUCGAAGAUAGCACUCUGACUUUGUGGAAUGUUAACAGUGAAAAAUUAUUAAGCCUUCGAUGGAUCAAGCUCAAGGGUUUUGUUAACAAUUUGAUAUGGAAUAAAUUAAGUGGCGAAUUGGUGGUCAAUUGGAUUUAUUCGCAGAGAAGAACCAAGAUUAGCACCAUUCCGGUGUUCAGCAAUUUCAACAGAGUUGUCGAUGUCCUUCCUGUAGAAAAGAAAACUUACGUUUCUCGCCUGAUUUGCAGUCCUGAUAAUACGCAGCUGGCAACGAUGUACAAUGGAGCCUUGUUGAUUUGGAACUUCUUCGGAAACGAUUCUGCAAUGCAAAAAGGAAUAUUUCAACAAAGCAAGAAAAAGAGAACUAACUAUAUAUCAGCCAACCAAACAGGAUUCUCAUAUCAGACUAUUCGCUGAUGGGAAAUUUGCAGAAAUUUGUCGAUUGUUGGUUUUGUAUUAUACACGUACCGUUUUAGUUUAUAUUACAACAUAAAAAGGUUCUCAGCUAUCGCCAGGUUGAUGAGGAAAUU